UUCUGCCUCAGGCAACAAGGCUAUCGAUGAUGCGGACCUCCCGUUUGCGCCAGGCAUCGUCGAACAGCCAACAGCGACACUCCGCAACUCACGGGCAGCUCCCAGACACAGUAUUUCUCUCACGGAAGCUCCCAACAAGUGGAUACCCUUGCUGUACAUCGCUGGAAUGCCUGCCUAUCACUCCAUCUUCCUCCAAGAUCAGGAUGUCCCCGUAAUAGGGAACUUCCCUGUCCUCCCACUCCGCACCCGCACUCGCGGCCCCGCAUACGCUCUCCCCCCGCUGCCCCCAAAUGUCUCCGAGCUCGACGUUCCCCCAGACAGCGAGUCGUACGACUGCAUAGACGAGAUUCUGUCUCUAUUCCGUGCCAAUGUCUUGUUCCGCAACUUUGAGAUCAAUGGCCCCGCUGACCGGAUGCUGAUUUACGGCAUCUUAUUCGUAAGCGAGUGCUUGAGCAAGGUCAGACCGACAAUGUCGGCUCGUGAGGCGGAAAAGGCUCUUAUCAAUGUCUCACUUGAACAAUUCGCAAUCCCCGGUGACGUUUCGUUUCCCCUGAACCAGGCGUAUGAACCCCCGCGUGAUCGCCAGGAUGCAGAGACACUCAGACAGUACAUUUCACAAGUCCGCCAGGAGAUUGCCAUUCGGUUACACGCGAGGUUAUAUGCUGGGGGUGUUGGGCCGUCCAAGUGGUGGCUCAGCUUUGCAAAGAGGAAGUUCAUGGGAAAGAGCCUUUAGAUGCAAUUAGAUAUCUCAUCUUUUCCUUUCAGUUGUAUGUCGAUUUCAGGAAAAUCAAAAACAAUUAUCUUCACUCGUUGAAUGUCAUGU